AUGAGUCUCACACUCGAAAACCAUUUGCUUAAGUACGCUUUGGUGCUUGUUGCCGUUGUUGGGCUUUAUAUUGCACACCGGAAGUACAUCGAGCACAAAUUCAACAAGAAAUACGGAUGCAAGAGUCCAGCCACUAUCAAUACCGGAUUUAUGGGUGUUCCAAUGCUUCGUGAAGCUUUGAAUAAUUUAAAGGAAGGUACUGUCUUGGAGUACUUCCAAUCCAGGAUCACUGAGAACCAGGUCAAAACUUACCAGAUGUACGUCGCCCAGAUGAAACUCAUUUUCACAAUUGAUCCAGAAAACAUCAAGGCUAUUUUGGCUACUCAAUUCAACGAUUUUGCUUUGGGAUCUAGACAUGCCCACUUUUUGCCCUUACUUGGUGAUGGAAUUUUCACUUUGGAUUCCCAUGGAUGGAAGAACUCCAGAGCCAUGUUGCGUCCACAAUUCUCACGUGAACAAAUAUCUCAUGUUCGUUCAAUGGAACCUCAUAUGCAAACAUUGGCCAGUCACAUUCGCAAAAACGCAGGACAAGUGUUUGACAUUCAGGAAUUGUUCUUCAAGUUCACAGUUGACACUGCGACGGACAUUUUAUUUGGAGAGUCUGUUUACUGUUUAAGGGAUGGAACCGUUCCUCAGAAGCCCCCCGCUGGUGGAUUUCAGGGCCGUGAGAAGUUUAAUGAGGCAUUUAACAUCACUCAGAAAACUUUGGCUUCUCGUGCAUACUCUCAAAGUUUUUACUUCCUUGUUAACAGUCCUGAAUUUAGAAGAUGCUGCAAAAUUGUACAUGGUUUUGCUAGAUACUAUGUGGACAAGGCUGUCCAGAUGAAUGACGAGGAGUUGGAGAAGAAAUCUCAAUCAGGUUACACCUUCUUGUAUGAGUUGGCCAAGACUACCAAGAAUCCAAAGGUUUUACAAGAUCAGUUGUUGAACAUUAUGGUAGCUGGUAGAGAUACCACCGCUGGUUUGUUGUCCUUCACUUUGUUUGAAUUAUCUAGAAAUCCAGAUGUCUGGGAGAAGUUGAAGCAAGAGGUUUACGCGUCUUUUGGACAUGGCUCAGAGGAGGACAUUGCUGCCAUUUCAUUUGAGAGCUUGAAGAAGUGUGAGUAUUUGAAGUAUGUUCUCAACGAGGUCUUGAGACUCUACCCAUCUGUCCCAGUCAAUUUCAGAGAUGCAACAAAGGACACCACACUUCCCACAGGUGGUGGUGAAGAUGGCAAGCUGCCUGUCUUCAUUCCAAAGGGAACAACCGUGGCUUAUACCAUUUACUGUACGCACAGAAUGAAGGAAAUCUAUGGUGAAGACGCUGAAGAGUUUGUUCCAGAAAGAUGGGCCGCUCAGCCCAAGCUUGGAUGGGCAUACUUGCCAUUUAAUGGUGGACCAAGAAUUUGCUUGGGUCAACAGUUUGCUCUCACAGAGGCUUCGUAUGUGAUUGUCAGACUCAUUCAAAUGUUCCCCAACUUGACUUCUGCAUACACUGGGGACAAAAUCCCCAAAAAAUUGUUGCAUCUCACAUUGUCCAUGUAUGAUGGAGUGCCAGUUCGCAUGGACUAA